AUGACAGAUAAUCCUUACCACGCACAGAGAUAUUUCGUCACUGUCAGCACUGGAUUCAGCUGCCUCUGUCUUUUACCUCACCCCACAGAACCUCACCUAGAUUCUAGAACUUCAUCAAAUAAUGCUUCAUGGCCUACAUCAGAUGAUGAAGUCUUAAGUUUGAAUAUGAAGACUACCUCAAAACCAAACUUAAAAAAACUAAUGAAUGUUUCUCAGCAUUUCAAGAAUUUGAAAACAAAACUUGGCCUUGUAUCACCAGGAGAUAAAACUUUAUUUGAGGAUGAUAGCUCUGACAACAAAUGUGAAGAUGUGGUUGGCAUUCCUUCCAAACCAUCAGUUGAAGUCUGUGACUCUUCUCCUCCUGCUUUGCCAUCACCUGAUUCUCUUCUAAGACCUCCUUUCACAUUGUUAGGCUUUGGUCUUACAAAGGAAGGAGAGGAGCAGCCAGAAAUUGGAACAAAGGACUUUGGUAUUAUUGAAAGUGUUCCAAAAGAGCAAACAGUUAAUGACACUUCUGCUGACAGGGCAGAUAAAAAUGAUAGACAUGUUAUGCUGUCAGCAUUACGAUUUGCAGAACAAAAUGAAGAAUCACCUUGGGAUUCUGAGAGUAAUUCUGAGAGUCUUCCAGAGAAAUACAUUGAUCAUUUACCUGGAAAUGCAGAUCAGAAAGGGACAAGUACAUUAAAUGAACAAGUAGAAGACUCUCUGGGAAAAUAUUCUUUCUUGAAGCCUACUGUUGAGGAGAAAGAUUCUGUUCCUAAGAAAGGAGGAGAAAUGGAGGAAAAACAAGCAUCCCAAUCAGAUUCUCCAGGAAAAUGUUUUUUCUUGAAGCCUAGUGUUGAAGUAAAUGAUUCUCUUCCUAAUAAACCAGGAGAAAUGGAGGACAAAGAAACAUCUGAAUCCAAUUUGUCCAAUUGGAAGUCUACUCAUUUGAACCAAAAAAGUGCAAUUUGUCAAAGAUCCAGAACUACUCUGAAUGGCUCCUAUCAUCCUGGUGAUUGCCGUUAUCCAGGAUACUGCCAUUCUCUUCAACAUCAGCAUCAUUUUCCUCCUCUUCUCAGCACAUUUGUCUUCCAGGCUGGCCUGGGCAACUCUGUAUUCCAUAAAUUCAAAUGGACCGCCAUCCUCACAGCUGUGUUCUUCACCCCCAGCAUUUUGCUCUAUGUCUGGGUCAUGACUUAA